AUGGAGGAAAAAAUUCCUGCGAUUUUUCAUCGAGAAGUAAUCACAAAAUUUGAUUUUCUACCCAAGCUAAAGCAUUCGACUAUUGCAAGACAUUCAGAAUUUCAAAAAUUCCUAUCAAAUUUUCUACGCGAAUACAAUUCUUCAAAGAACCAAAUUCCUUCAAGACGAUAUGGUAAAUAUGCAACCACUAAAGAAUGGUUGCUGAAUGAAUCCUUUUUCAAGAAACAACAACACAAUAGCAAUUUCAUGGGCAAGAUUAAUGAUGGUGAAUGUGUUAAUGCUUUCAAUUAUGUUAGAGAUUUGGAACGUGCAAGAGAACAGUUUGAUUCAUCGUAUUCGGAAAGAACAACUUCUAUUGGUGAUGAUGAAAUUCAACAUGUUCUUGAUGGACAUAUGGUCAAUUGGAUUUUAUUACUCCAAAGAGUGUUAAAGAUGAGACCAGAAUUGCAGAGGCAGAUAAAGGAGGAUGGAGGUGCUGAUUGGUUGGUUCGUGCAGUGUCUUUAAAAACACAUCACCCAGUAAUUCAUAAUAUGGCAAGUGCUAAGAAGUUUCUCCAAUUAAUGAAGAAAUUUACAACUUUACAAGGUCAACCGUAUGCAGAAAUGAAUUUUGAUGAAAAAUUUGAAAUGCUCAAGGUUGUGACAAGAACAUUUCUUGUUACAAUGAAUGGUUUAGAGCAAGUCCACAAAUGGUUUUUGGAUGGUAAUCAGGAUUUAUCUGUGAAUCAACUAGAGAAUGAUAGAGAUCACUUUCGUAUAAGAAUAGUUGAAAUUUGCAUUAGAAAUUCAACAAGCUUACAAGGACUUGCAGGAGACUUAUACUCAGACAAUAGUGAUCCAAGAGCAAUUGUCAAACUCAGAAGUUCACCGAAAGGAAAAUACUCAAAGAGUCGUUAUAGAUUAUAUUUUGGUGUUAACACAACCUUGACUGUAUUAUUUUCCUUUCCAAGAAUGGGAUUGACAUCUCAAUUAUUUCUUUCAGAAAAUUCAGAUUUGGAAAGUUUAAAGGAUUUGAAAACUGUUGCAGGAAAUUAUUGGGGAGAAGAAACAGUUCUCAAGAUUAAGCAAGAUUUUUGUAAUAGCAUCAAUAAUGGUAAAAAGCCAACAGUUUCAAAGCAAGAUUUUUCAAAAUGCAAACAUUUGGAAAGAAUUUCACAAGAAUUUAGAGCUGCUCGAGUUUUGAAAAGUUAUCAAGAUUCUCCAAUUACAAUUGCCGGUUAUUCAUUUCAUCAAUUAUGUCAAAAUACCAGUGGAAUGCAUUCGUAUAAGUAUACUUAUUAUUGUGGAGAUUUGGCUGAUGAAUUGCCAUUGGGAGUGGAAGAUGUGAAGGAGUUUUUUAUUCCUAGUCAUCUCAAUCCAGAUUUGUACAAACCAGAAAAUCAAUUGAAAUUAACAGUUCGUUUAUCGCUCUUAAAUACUCCAAUAUCUCCUACGAUUAAUAUUUCAGAAUAUCAAGUUAUUGAAGAUGUUGGUCUUUUCACAGAUGGUUGUGGUUUCAUUUCUCCUGAUUUAGCAAGAGAAAUUUAUAGAAAAAUUAAACAGGCAGAAUCUAGAGAGAAAGUUCACGUAUUUGAGAAUGCACAAUACAUGGUUGAUGUACAGAUGAUUUAUCAAGAUUCUGAUCCAGUUGAGGAUGAUAUGGAUGAUAAUGUUCCUUCAGCAUUUCAGAUUCGUUUUAGAGGAGCAAAAGGCAUGCUCCUACAAAAUCCAAAUGUGAAAGGAAUUGUAUUAAGAGAAUCUAUGGUUAAAUUCAACGUAGAUUUAGAUGAAGAUCUCGAUGAGGAAGACGAAAGUCUUUCGAAUAUCCAUGUAGUCGGUUAUUCAGAACCAUCUAAUUUUGCAUUCGCCAACUCAACAAUUUUGUACAUGAUGAGUGGAUGUGUUGAUGGAGGUGAGAAAUUUGAGGGAAUAAUUAUGAAUAUGUGGAAGGAUUAUGUUAAUGACAUUUUAAAAACCUAUUCUAAUGAAGAUACUUCCCAAUUGAUGAAGAAAUAUUUCAAAGAAGGCGAUUUUCAUGCCUUAAACAUUUUCGGAUUGACCAAAGAUGUUGCACUCGCUUUCCUUGCAGGACCAUUCAGAACUCAAUUGUUGAAUCUUAAACUCCCUAUUCAAAAUGCUCGGAGAGUUUACGGAGUUUGUGAUCCACUCGAAGUGUUAGAACCAGAUGAAGUUUUUGUUAGAAUUAGAAUGGAAGAUGGCACUUUGAAAACCUUGGAAGGAACUAUUGCCAUCACUAAAGAGCCAUGUCUUCAUAGAGGUGAUUUACGUUUGCUGAAAGCUAAGAAAAUAGAGAGUUUAGAAUAUCUUUCAGAAGUAAUUGUUUUUCCUAUUAAGGGAGAAAAAAGACCUAUUCCUAACAUGAUUACAGGAAGUGAUUUGGAUGGUGACAAAUAUCUUGUCAUUUGGGAUGAACCUCUUGUUUCAUCUUUCGUCCAACAAUUCGAACCUGGAAACUUUGAUGAAGAAAUUGAAGGAGAAAAACGUAAUUUCGAACCAGAUGUUUUUAAGGACUGGAUAGGAUUGAGACAUUCCUAUGUAGAUUCGUAUGGAUAUGAAUGGAGUAAAGGUGAGAAUUGGAAAACCAUGCAAAGACUUUCAGAUAUUGUAAAUAUGGCUGUCGAUGCACCUAAAAAGGGGAAAACAUUCAAGGCAGGUGCAAUGGAGAAGGAUAUUGUUAGAAACUUUCCGAAAUAUCCUCAUUUCCAUAAUUCAAAGACAAAGGAAGCUGUUAGAGUGAGUACUUCAGUUGUUGGGAAAAUGUAUGAUUUUGCAAUUGAUAGAGUUACUGAGCGUUUUAAAUUUCAGCCAGUUACUGACAAGCGUCAAACAUCAACUGACGACAAGGAAUAUUUAUUCUUGGAUAAUUUAUACCAAGUAUUGCGAAGGAAUAAGGAUAUUUCAGUCAAUCAGUUUUUGAACUUUAUUUGGAAACAUUUUUCAAACAUUUUAUUGAGAAGCACUACAAUUCAAUUUGCUUCUGAGUUUUUAGAUUCGUUUUGGAGAUUCUUAUGUAUGUUGACAAUACGAAAAGAGAAAACUAUUAUAUUGUGUUGUCUUAACACAACUGUUGAUAAGGUUAAUAACAGUUCUAUGAAUGCAAUUAUUAGCGAAAUGACAAAGAGCGAUAAUUUAGUACUAAUGGUUCAAGGAAUAUCCGAAACUAAACUCAAAUUCAAAGAAGAUUUGCAAAAUGACAAGAUACAUGACUCCUCUGCAUGUUCUUUAUUCAAAUUUUCCAACUCGAAUGUUGAAUUUAUUCAUUUCCUUUUUUAUGAAAUAUUCUUUGAUGCAGCUUCAAGAAUCCAAAUUGAUCUAGGGUACAAUUUGCUUACCAAUUAUACCCUAUCUCAAACCCUAUUUGAAAAUAUUGUAGAACCAUCGACUUUGAAUCCAGUUCUCUUUAAAAAACCAAAAACUAUCUUUGAAAUAAUUUACAAAGCUUGCAAUGGCAAAGACUCAGAUAGAAAGAAGCAUGCAUUGUACAUUGUUGGACUUUUAUUCAAGAAUGGUAUAAUUUUACCUAGAAACUAUGAUUUGGCUAUCAAAUGCUUUAAACUGGCACUUUCAAAAGAGAACAAUAUCCGAAUUGGAUUUAUACCAUAUUUGUAUAAUAGUGAAAAACGACCUGUAAUGAAAGAAUUGAAGAUUCUGGCAAAGGCAGGAUAUGCUGAAGCACAAUACAACUUGGGAAGAUUAAGCUAUUUUGAUGGCGAUCAAUGGUCUGCUUUGGAAUGGUUGAAAAAAGCUGCUUUUCAAUGUGUUCUUAAUAUUGAAAACAGAGGAUUGGAUAAGAAGAACACUCUUUACUUUUUAUCAAAUCUCUACAGGGAUGGUACUAUUGUUGAGUGGAAUAAUGAUAGAUAUCUUCAAUUAUUGGAAGAAUCUGCUAAAUUAGGAUCUAUUGAUGCAAUGUACAAGAUUGGAAGAAGGAUGGAGUUGACCAAACAGUAUUCAUUUGCUUGUUUUUGGUAUGAGAGAGCAGCCUAUGAGGGAAUAUUAGAAAAUUAUUUGCAAGGUUAUGGAAUGAAAAACUCUUGUCGAUUCAGCUUGGAAAUUGAUGAAUAUGGAAUUGAUUCAAUGAAUAGAUUGCCACCUCUUCCAUUGCAAAAUGAUCUACAAGUUGAAAUUCAACUUGAUAUUUCAAUAGAAAGUCCUCUCUUGAAGAAAAAUAUGCUAUUUGUGCAGAGUUCAAAUCCAGUUUUCCAAACUUUUUGUAAUGAUGGAACAAUUAUUCCACCAAACGAAAUUGAAGAAUUUACCAAGAUUCUCCCAAGUUCUAAUAUAUUACAAAAGAAAUAUGAAAGGAAAUAUGAAAGCAUCCAUGACUCAGCAAAGAGAACUAUGGAAAAAGCAGAAAAAAUGCUGAAAUUGGCUAACCAAACUAUUGCUCAUAUAGAUAGAAUUUUAAACAAGGGAAAGAGUUCAGAUUCGAAAGAAUCUCCUCUUGAAAAUGAGAGUAAAGAAGAAGUAGAAGAAAUAUCUACUGAACAAAUAUCAACUGAACAAGAAGAUACAAAAGAAUCUAUUAUUCCACACACAAAAUGGAAACUGAUUUAUAGAGGAAGUAAGGAUGGAUACGAAUCUAAUGAUUUCCAUAGAAAGUGUGAUGAUAAAGGUUCCACUUUCAUCAUAGUCAAGACUAAAGAGGACGAAAUAUUUGGAGGAUAUACAACCCAAACUUGGAAAAUUCCCCAAGCAAAUAUCUUUGGACACACACAACGAAACGAUGAAAAUGCAUUCUUAUUCAUUCGUUCCAAGAGUCGCAAAUAUUUUAAACUUCCAAUCACAAAUCAACCAAGUAUUGAUUGUACUCACGCAAGAUUAAUUGACUUUCUUGAUUUUACCAUACCAAAUAAUUGUGAUAUAAUUCCAGGACAUACUAAUUUCGGAAUGAAUUAUCAACUUCCAAAAUGGUCUAAGGGAAAUGGAUUCAGUUUUAGUGAAUCUCUUGAUAAUAGAAGAAGUUUUUAUGUGGAAGAAAUUGAAGUUUAUUCAUUAAUAGAUUCUGAAGAUGAAAAUAGUCCACUCAUGUCUGGAUCAAUCAAUCUUUCUCAGAUAAGAACAGAUGGUCCUAUGUUUAAUUGGGAUGAUUAUUUGAGCUACGUUAGAGCACGAAAUAGUGAUCCUUAUGGUACAAGAGCAUACACAGAAAGUGUAAGACAAGCAAGAAUUUCAAGUGAUGAAGGAAUUGAAAGAUUGAAAGACAAGUUGCGUCUAAUGGGAGUUUUCAAGGAAUAG